AUGACAACCCUUCGUAGAUACUCUUCAACGCCACAUUGGCUACCAUCCGAAAUCCGCGCCGCAGUCGUUUCAUCAACCUGUGAUCGUACUCGUCACGGUCCGUUCCCCGACUCGUCUGCAGAACCGCACUUUUGGAUCGUACAGCCAGCCUACCAGACAGCACUUCCAGUCCCAAAUACCCAUAGGGGACGUGACUCUGCAGUCGAUCUCGACAACGAGAAACGCGACGGUGGCGGUGAAACAAUCGGAUGGUAUUCAUUGUGUGCGCACACUGUUCCGCCGUUGGCCGCCGCGUACUAUGUCAUCCAGCAAUGGAGACCAUUCGACGAGCCGCCGCCGACCGUCCCACUCUUAUAUAAUAUUAUAAAAAUAUAA